CAGGAAGUUGUGCUAAUAUUGAUGUAAAGAGAAAACGAGGUGGAGUUUGUUGAUAAAAAUGAUGUUUGGUUCUUUCAGCUGUUUAGUUUUUAUCCAGUCAUCAACUCUACAUCUUUACCUUCAUCUACUGGAUGUUUCUACCCGGAUUUAUGAGCAGAGCAGCGGUUCAGACGGUUCCAGGCCUCAGAGCGACGUGUCGCUUCCUCCCUCCUCAGGCCUGCUUUAUCUGGUUUGAACCAGUUCUAACGGACGACAGUUUGAGAGAAGGUCUCACCUGGUCCAACCUGUAAUGCUGCGUUCGCCUGCUUUUGAUUUCAGUUCCCUUCAUUGCUGAUCCAAUCAUGAGCUUUGACAGCGCCGUCAGCAGCCUGGUGGAGACGGUCGACGCAAAAAGCCUCACUGCUGUCAACCCUGACACAGGAGAGUCCAGCUUGUUCAGCUCUGCUGGAGAUGUUUCUGAGUCUGGAGCUCUGGACCAAGAGGAGAAACCUCCGGAUCUACCUGAUCUUAAGCAGACGGUUAAAGAAGAAGUUCCUGAAGACCACAAACCUUCUCCUGACCUGCAUGACCCAGAGCCCCACCACAUAAAGGAGGAACAGGAGGAAGUCUGCACCAGUCUGGGGGGAGAGCAGCUCGGUCUCAAGGAGGAGAUUGAUGCCAUCAAGUUUCCAAUCACUGCUGCUCCAAUAAAGAGUGAGGAUGAUAAACAUUCCUCUGUGCUCCCACAGCUUUACCACCACCACAUUAAAGGCAGAGAGCUUCCAGUAGAGAACCAUGGAGGAGAAGAAUCCAUGAGGAUACAAGAUCAUGAAGAUGGGUCCAUUUCCUCAGAGACAGAAGAGGACAGUGAUGUGGAGCUCUCCGUCUCUGAGCUAAAACAGUUAGCAGCUUUUGGAUUGAAAACUAAGAACAUGGAAAUUAGCUGGAAGAAGGUCACAGCUCCCAAGCCAGAAGGAAACAUGGCUGAUAAACAUUUUAUUUCUGAGUUUGCUGUACAACUUCUUCAGAAAGACAUGAAACACUCAGAAAUUGGACCUUCAAGCUCCCUGGAUAAAAUGAAAAGUUUUAAAGAGAACAAUGUAGACUCACAAAGGAGUUCCAAAAAAACGACUGAAUUUAUCUGUGAAGACUGCGGUAAAACAUUCACUGAAAAACACGAGUUAAAUAUGCAUAAGACAAUUCACACAGGAAGCAAACCUUUCUGCUGUGACCUUUGCAAACAGAGAUUCAGUCGGAAAGUACACUUAAACACACACCUGAGGAUCCACACAGGACAGAAACCUUUCUGUUAUCUUAAGCAGACGGUUAAAGAAGAAGUUCCUGAAGACCACAAACCUUCUCCUGACCUGCAUGACCCAGAGCCCCACCACAUAAAGGAGGAACAGGAGGAAGUCUGCACCAGUCUGGGGGGAGAGCAGCUCGGUGUCAAGGAGGAGAUUGAUGCCAUCAAGUUUCCAAUCACUGCUGCUCCAAUAAAGAGUGAGGAUGAUAAACAUUCCUCUGUGCUCCCACAGCUUUACCACCACCACAUUAAAGGCAGAGAGCUUCCAGUAGAGAACCAUGGAGGAGAAGAAUCCAUGAGGAUACAAGAUCAUGAAGAUGGGUCCAUUUCCUCAGAGACAGAAGAGGACAGUGAUGUGGAGCUCUCCGUCUCUGAGCUAAAACAGUUAGCAGCUCCUGAUGGAAACAUGGCUGACAAACCUUCUGGUUCCUCUGAGCAAUUUGUUCAGCGUCCUCAGAAAGACACGAGGCAUUCAAGCUCCCUGGAUCUUAAGCAGACGGUUAAAGAAGAAGUUCCUGAAGACCACAAACCUUCUCCUGACCUGCAUGACCCAGAGCCCCACCACAUAAAGGAGGAACAGGAGGAAGUCUGCACCAGUCUGGGGGGAGAGCAGCUCGGUCUCAAGGAGGAGAUUGAUGCCAUCAACUUUACCACCACCACAUUAAAGGCAGAGAGCUUCCAGUAG